AUGCCUAUGGCCGUGACCUCAAGGGUAAUAAGCGUUUCUAAGCGACUACUGAUCGCGGAGACCACGAAAAUACAUUACGGAGAGUAUAUGCCGUCCAUAUUGGGCGAGAAGCUCAUGGAGUACUUCGGACUGAACCUCAAGCACGACGGCUACACCCAAUACAACCCCCACAUCGACCCCUCCACCCUCCAGUCGGUAGCCGUGGCCGCCUUACGUAUGGGCCACUCGCAGAUCUUUAGCCAAUUUAAUGUCCUGAACAAAAAUCCACACAAUUAUCACCAGCAGUCCUACAGUUUCCUCCUGAGGAAUAAGUUCUUCGAGAUGUCCGACAUAUGGUUGGGAAAUUCUCAGGGUGUACUCCGGGGUCUCAUUGAGGGUCAGUCCGAGAACAGUGUCGACCCGUUCAUUGUCACCGACGUGAAGGACUUCCUGUUUUUCAACCCGAGGACCACCACUAAUGGAAAGAUGGUUAUCACGCAGCCAUCGGUCAUCGAUUUGUCGGCUAUUAAUAUAAACAGGGGUCGGGAGCACGGAGUGGCCGGUUAUAUAUACUACUUGGAGUACUGCACGGGCGUGGCCAUCAAGUCGUGGUCCGAUUUGACACAAUUUAUAUCCGACUCGAGGAUCCAGCGACUGAAGAGUGUCUAUAACGAUGUGGGAGAUAUCGAUCUGUUUGUGGGCGGACUGUCCGAAAACAAGGCGUUUGGAUCCAUAUUAGGGCCCACUUUUGCCUGCCUCAAUGGCAUCCAGUUCCACCACUGGAAGUAUGGCGACCGAUUCUACUUUGAGCAUGGUCACGAGGCUGGCUCAUUUAAUAGCAAGCAACUGAAUAACAUCCGACAGACCUCAUCCCUGGCCAACUUGAUGUGCAAGACCAAUGACUUCGACUCGGUUCAGGUGAACCCCCAGUUUUUCCCGUCGGAGCACAACCCUAAGGUGCCCUGUCAUGCCUUGGCUGAGAUCGACUACGAGCUCUGGAGGGAGACCUCCCACUCCUACCAGGACUACAAGAAAAAGAAAUAAAUUUCAAGUUUUGCUAAUUUAAACACCAAUUUUUUUAUAUUAUUGAAAACACCAAGUUGAAAUAUAUUUACCUCUUACAAAAAUAGUAUAAUACAUUAAUAAUUUUUAAAA